AUGGAGUCAUUUCAGGAAUCAUUCACUCUGUCAUCCUUCUAUUCUUCUUUUGCUUCGUCUUCUAGUUCUGCAUUUGCUAUGAAUCCUGAGCAUGAGGAGGUUGAUUCUGAGCUUGAGGGAAGGAACAAUGCAUCCAGGCAGAGUGCAACCUACAGUGGGUUUUACGGUCAAAAUAAUCAGCAGUGGCAACAGAACCCAAAUGCGGUUUAUGCUGAUAGUUCAAGGGCUCCCCAACAGAGCUCAUACCAGUUUGGUCAGAAUUACAGUGGGGGGUUCAAGGGAAGCACAGACAUUGAGUUUGUGAAUAAUCCAGUUCAACAAAGUGGAAACUUUAGCGGGUUUUGUGGGCCUGAAACUGGAAGGUUGCAGCAAACCACACAACAAGAUUGGACACAUCUAGGACGUGGAAGUAUACAGCAGAAUUCAUAUGUUGCUCACCAGGAAAAGCCUAGGGAACUAGGACAGAUUCCAUAUGGUUUUAAAUCACAAAGCAGUUUAGGUUCUCAGGGAAGUAUAAACCACAGCUCUUUGCAACAUUCUAUAGAUUAUCAGAAAAAUACAAUCGGUUACAACAUAGGAAGCAGUUCUGCACAAAAGCAGCAAAAUUUAAAUGAUUAUUAUAAAGGUAAUGGACAGUAUCAGCAGAGUGUUGGUUAUGGACGGUUUCAGCCAAGCCCACAUGUUGGACAAUAUCAGCAAAUCCCCCAGGUCGGACAAUAUCAGCAAAGCCCCGAGGUCGGACAGUAUCAGCAAAGCUCCGCGGUCGGACAGUAUCAGCAAAGCCCCCAGGUUGGACAGUACCAGCAAACCCCACAGGGUGGAGAACCAGGUGAGGCUUCUGAUAGUAACCCUAAUAGCGUUAAGGGUACUCUUGAAGAGUUGGAUUUGUUUUGCAAGGAGGGGAAAGUUAAGGAGGCUGUGGAGGUCUUGGGUCUGCUGAAGAAGCAGCAUGUGCACGUGAACUUGGACCAAUAUUUUCAGCUGAUGCAUGCAUGCGGGGAGGCUAAUGCCCUUGAAGAAGCAAAAGCUGUUCAUGAAAACAUGCGGUUACUUUCUCCUUUAGAAGUGAGUACCUACAACAGAAUUUUAGAGAUGUAUUCAAAAUGUGGUUCUAUGGAGAAUGCAUUAAUGGUUUUCAAUGAUAUGCCAAAGCGCAAUUUGACGUCUUGGGACAUUAUGAUCACAUGGUUUGCUAAGAAUGGUCUUGGGGAAGAUGCCAUCGAUCUAUUUACUCAGUUCAAGAAAGCAGGGUUGAAACCCGACGAUCAAAUGUUUAAUGGGGUUCUCUAUGCUUGUAGUGUCGUGGGAGAUGCUGAGGAAGGAUUGCUGCAUUUUGAAUCAAUGAGCAAAGAUUAUGGCAUUGUCCCAACCAUGAAAAAUCAUGUGUGUGUAGUAGAUAUGCUUGGAUCUAUAGGUUUUCUGGAUGAGGCAUUGGAGUUCAUUGAAAAAAUGCCAUUGGGACCUAAUGUUGAUGUUUGGAAAACCUUGAUGCAUUAUUGCAGAGUUCAUGGGUAUUUGGAGCUUGGGGAUUGUUGUGCUGAGCUAGUUGAUCAGCUGGAUCCCUCCUGCUUAAAUGAGCAAUCAAAGGCUGGCCUUAUUCCUGUGAAUGAAUCAGACCUCGUAAAGGAGAAAGAGAAGAAACAAUUAGCAGCUAAAAAUCUCUUAGAGGUCAGGAGUCGAGUCCAUGAAUAUAGAGCAGGAGAUAGAUCUCAUCCUGAUAAUGAGAAGUUUUACACUCUACUUAGGGGUUUGAGGGAACAAAUGAAGGAGGCUGGUUACAUUCCAGAGACUAGAUUUGUGUUGCAUGACAUCGAUCAGGAAGGCAAGGAAGAUGCUUUGCUUAGCCAUAGUGAGAGACUUGCUGUUGCUGAUGGUCUUCUUUCCAGCUCAGCUCGUUCACCUAUUAGGGUAAUCAAGAAUCUUCGUGUAUGUGGUGAUUGCCACUCUGCUUUAAAGAUUAUUUCCAAAAUUGUAGGUAGAGAACUUAUUAUGCGAGAUGCUAAGAGGUUCCACCAUCUCAAAGACGGCAAGUGCUCUUGCAAUGAUUAUUGGUGAACAAUAGAUUUUAAUUUAUUAUUUAUCUCAGGUAUUAUUCAGAUCUCUCUAAGCUUGCAUCUCGAAAAGUUAACUUUUUCUGUUUUCCUCUACAUUAUCUAGUGAGAUACUGAGGGAACUGCAGCCCUCCCAGAUAAUAUAUUGUUGG